GAAAGGAAACAACACAACACAAGAAACAAGCUUCUAUGUUUGCAGUGGACAGGAAAUAUAAACAUGUCAACCAACUGCUGCGGUCAAAGCUACAGGAGCUGUUUGAGUUUUGUGUGAAAGGGCAGGAAGCACAGAGAGACCAAUCAGAAGAAGAGCCUGUAGAAAAACUCUUGUCAUGUCUAUGUUAAACACAACUUCUCUUUAUCUGCAAAGUAAAACUGUUUGAUUAUCUGUGGAUCAGAGUGCAGCAGGCUGGAUGUGACGAUGGGGCACUCUUUGCUCUGCAUGAUGGGCUUUUUCUUGCUCAGUACUGUCAUCUGUGGAAAUGCUGAAGAUCACAGUUAUGAUUCACAAGAUGCUGAUGAAUCGGGAUAUCAGUCCAAAGAGCAACGAACCUCAGCUCCUCCUAAGCUCACUGUGUUCCUGCAACCAUCCAAGACUCAGUUAUACAGCGGUGUGAUAUACAGAGGUGAGACAGUCACUGUCAGAUGUGAGAUUCAGGGAGGUGAAGGAGCUCAGUGGACGUAUGAAUGGAGUCGAGGCCAAGUAAUCAUACGUGAAACAUCCAGUGAAUACACAUUCAGCAGCGCUACUCAGUCUGAUGCUGGAGGAUACAGCUGCCGGGGCAGACGAGGCUCAUCCUGGACUGAGUGGAGUGAUAUCAUCACAUUGACUGUAUUACCUCCUCCUAAGCCCACUGUGACCCUGCAGCCAUCCUGGACUCAGAUAUACAGAGGUGAGACAGUCACUGUCAGAUGUGAGAUUCAUGGAGGUGAAGGAGCUCAGUGGACGUAUGAGUGGAGACGAGGCCAGUUAAAAUUAAAUGAAAUAUCCAGUGAAUACACAAUCAACAGAGUUACUGAGUCUGAUGGUGGAGGAUACAGAUGCCAGGGCAGAAGAAGUUCUUCCUGGACAGAGUGGAGUAAUAUCACAGCAUUGACUGUAUCAUCUCCUCCUAAGCCAACUGUGUUCCUGCAACACAACUGGCCUCAGAUAAACAGCGGUGAGAUAAACAGAGGUGAGACAGUCACUGUCAGAUGUGAGAUUCAUGGAGGUGAAGGAGCUCAGUGGACGUAUGAAUGGAGACGAGGCCAGUCAAGCAUACGUGAAACAUCCAGUGAAUACACAAUCAGCAGAGCUACUUGGUCUGACAGAGGAGGAUACAGCUGCCGGGGUAGACGAGGUUCUUUCUGGACAGUGUGGAGUGACAUCAUCACAAUGACUAUAUUAUCUCCUCCUAAGCCCACUGUGACCCUGCAGCCAUCCAGGACUCAGAUAAACAUCGGUGAGACAGUCACUGUGAGAUGUGUGAUUCAAGGAGGUGAAAGAGCUCCGUGGACGUAUGAAUGGAGACGAGGCCAGAAAAACAUACAUGAAACAUCCAGUGAAUACAGAAUCAGCAGACUUACUGAGUCUCAUGGUGGAGGAUACAGCUGUCGGGCCACAAGAAGUUCUUCCUGGACAGAGUGGAGUGACAUCACCACAUUGAGAGUAACAGCGAAACCAAAGGCUGAACUGAGAGCUGAUAGGACAGCUGUUCCAGUAGGGGGCAGUGUGACCCUGACCUGCUCUGUGAACCCAUCAUCAUCAUCGUCAUCUGGAUGGAAAUACUACUGGUACAGUGAUGGGAAAUCUUAUGAACCUGUGAGAAAUGAACAAAUCAGUGUCUCAGAGGGAGGAGUCUACAGCUGCAGAGGAGGAAGAGGAGAACCAGUUUACUACACAGAGGACAGUGAGUCAGUCAGGAUUGACACAACUGUGUCAAACAGGCCUGUUGUGACUCUGUAUCCAAACUGGUCUGAGAUAUACAGAGGAGAGACGAUCACUGUCAGAUGUGAGAUCCAUGGAGGAGACACUGAGUGGGAUUAUGAGUGGGAAACAAACAGCAUCAUAAAAGCUCCAAAUCAAAAUGAAUACAGGAUUAGAUCUGCUUCAUCAUCCAACAGUGGAAACUAUCGCUGUAAGGGCAGAAUGAAAAGUUCACAGUAUGAAACAACAGAGUGGAGUGAUUCAGUCACACUCACAGUUUCUCACAUGAAACCAAAGGCUGAACUGAGAGCUGUUCCAGUAGGGGGCAGUGUGACCCUGACCUGCUCUGUGAGCCCAUCAUCAUCAUCAUCAUCAUCUGGAUGGAAAUACUACUGGUACAGUGAUGGGAAAUCUUAUGAACCUGUGAGAAAUGAACAAAUCAGUGUCUCAGACGGAGGACUCUACUGGUGCAAAGGAGGAAGAGGAGAACCAGUUUACUACACAGAGGACAGUGAGGCAGUCAGGAUUGACAAAAUUGUGUCAAACAGGCCUGUUGUGACUCUGUAUCCAAACUGGUCUGAGAUAUACAGAGGAGAGACGAUCACUGUCAGAUGUGAGAUCCAUGGAGGAGACACUGAGUGGGAUUAUGAGUGGGAAACAAACAGCAUCAAAAAACCUCCAAAUCAAAAUGAAUACAAGAUUAAAUCUGCUUCAUCAUCCAACAGUGGAAACUAUCGCUGUAAGGGCAGAAUGAAAAGUUCACAGUAUGAAACAACAGAGUGGAGUGAUUCAGUCACACUCACAGUUUCUCACAUGAAACCAAAGGCUGAACUGAGAGCUGAUAGGACAGUUGUUCCAGUAGGGGGCAGUGUGACCCUGACCUGCUCUGUGAACCCAUCAUCAUCAUCAUCAUCUGGAUGGAAAUACUACUGGUACAGUGAUGGGAAAUCUUAUGAACCUGUGAGAAAUGAACAAAUCAAUGUCUCAGACGGAGGACUCUACUGGUGCAAAGGAGGAAGAGGAGAACCAGUUUACUACACAGAGGACAGUGAGGCAGUCAGGAUUGACAAAAUUGUGUCAAACAGGCCUGUUGUGACUCUGUAUCCAAACUGGUCUGAGAUAUACAGAGGAGAGACGAUCACUGUCAGAUGUGAGAUCCAUGGAGGAGACACUGAGUGGGAUUAUGAGUGGGAAAUAAACAGCAUCAAAAAACCUCCAAAUCAAAAUGAAUACAAGAUUAAAUCUGCUUCAUCAUCCAACAGUGGAAACUAUCGCUGUAAGGGCAGAAUGAAAAGUUCACAAUAUAAAACAACAGAGUGGAGUGAUUCAGUCACACUGACAGUUUCUGACAGUAAGUCAUAUUUGCUUUAAGCUGUUUGAACACUUUGUAAAAUGUGUUUCUGUUCAUAUAGACUGAGAUUAUUAUUCUUUGUAUAAACUGAGCUCACUGUUCAGAGACUGUACUACAUGUUCACUGAGAGAAAAUCU